UAGCGUAGCCUAUGUAACAUGUAGCAAACCACAGAUUGAUAUAAAUGCUGAAUUGUUGGGUACAACUACCAUAAACGGAUCAAAGUAUUUUUAAACCCCAUUAAUCGUCCCCUGCAUUUAGCAUAAUUACUGUAAUUGCUGUAAAGCUUUUCGUGUUAUUUUUCAGCAAGUAAUCUAUAACUUCUUUUGAAAUUGUUAUUGUCCAUUUACUGAUUAUGCAUCCACCUUCCAACAUUAUAUCAUCCCUUACAAUUUUGUAAUCCAUACGUUAUCAUCUUCAAUUUCUAAAUUAAACGUAGCGAAAACAGCCAGUGGAGCAGAUAGUAUGAGAAAUUGUCAAAAGAUGGCGACUGUGCAUACAAAAUUGCGGAAGAACAUUUAUGCGAUACUAAGCGACGACGACUGAAGGAGGGAAAUUAAAAUGGAAUCGAAGCAAGCAGAAAACAUCGAGAAGACUGCAGUUAUAACCACUGGUUCAUUUUAUAGCAAGAAGUCAAUUUCACAAGGAGUGAAAUCCAGACAGAAAUGGGCACAGAAACUUGAGAAACAUGAAGAAGAAAUUCGGAAGUUGACAAUACCAAGUCCUUAUAAAAUAAGUUUAAAGGGACCAGCUUCACAAUGGACUGUGUUCUUCUCACAGAAAGAUGCCUUUCAGUUUGCUAAGCGGGAUCCACAGGAUCUUCAUGUUUUUGCCUAUGAAAGUGAGCUUUUAAAUCAUGGAGCACAAGGAAAAAGAAUGUAUUUGACAGCAAGCUAUCACCAUUUCUGGCACUAUUACAGGCAGCUGCCAGAAUCAAAGAGGCUGCACUACGAAAUCAUACCUGAAGGAGCAGUGUGUAAGCUGUACUUUGAUUUGGAAUUCAACAAAAGGUUGAAUCCUUCAAAGGAUGGAGAUGUAAUGGUGGACAGCUUUAUCAAGUUUGUGUGCUUUCAUUUGGACACUAUGUUUGGUGUAUACUGUGACAGAAGUAUGGUGCUUGAUCUAGAUGCCAGCACCACAGAAAAGUUCAGCUCCCAUUUGAUUUUCCAACUCCCAGGUGCUGUCUUCAGAAAUAAUGUCCAUGCAGGGCAUUUUGUGCGUAAAAUUUGUAAGAAGUUAAUAGACAUGUGUGCAGAAAGCAAUGAAAAACAGUCAUAUAUGAUCAGUGAUGCUCCUAAGACAACAACUGACUUAUACCAAAAUACGCAAGACGGUGAUCAAACUAAUGCUGGUCAUUCAGAGAUAAAAGAAGUUUACAAAAAGCAAAAAAUGGAUCCACUGGUUUCAUGUGAUGGUCAUACAAUAAGUUCAUAUAUUGCUGUUGGGGGGAGUGAAUAUUCUGUAAAGUAUCCUGGAAAGGUGUCACACCGGGCUCCAAGUGACAGCUCAAUACCUGGGAAGUCUACAGAUCUUACAGUUGAUGACAUUAACUUACCUGGAAAACCAGCAGAUGUCAUCUGUGAUAACAGGUUAUUACCAAGAAAAUCUCCUCAGAAAGGGUUAGAGAGAACCAAAGAAAGCAGUCUCUCAACAAUUUUUAAUGAUGAUGAAAGAUGUGUUGAAGCUGCUUCAAGUCAUUUGCACAGUGAAUGUUCUGUACAGGACUCUAAAAAACUUGGCAUAUGUAAAGAGGAAUUGUUCAAUUUACUGGUGCUGGAUAAACAUGAAAACAGAGUUUUGUUUUGUGAUUUGGCUGUUUACACUAAGAACAGGAACUUCAGGCUGUAUCUUUCCAGUAAAUAUAUGAAGAACAACCCUCUGAAGAUUUCUAAAAGAAAUCAGUACAAGCCUCAUCUUGCAAACAGUGAUGUGCCAUCAUAUGAAUUGUUCUUGGAUUCACUGAUAAACAAUAUUGGUACCAGGCAUUUUGUGCGUAAAAUUUGUAAGAAGUUAAUAGACAUGUGUGCAGAAAGCAAUGAAAAACAGUCAUAUAUGAUCAGUGAUGCUCCUAAGACAACAACUGACUUGUACCAAAAUACGCAAGACGGUGAUCAAACUAAUGCUGGUCAUUCAGAGAUAAAAGAAGUUUACAAAAAGCAAAAAAUGGAUCCACUGGUUUCAUGUGAUGGUCAUACAAUAAGUUCAUAUAUUGCUGUUGGGGGGAGUGAAUAUUCUGUAAAGUAUCCUGGAAAGGUGUCACACCGGGCUCCAAGUGACAGCUCAAUACCUGGGAAGUCUACAGAUCUUACAGUUGAUGACAUUAACUUACCUGGAAAACCAGCAGAUGUCAUCUGUGAUAACAGGUUAUUACCAAGAAAAUCUCCUCAGAAAGUGUUAGAGAGAACCAAAGAAAGCAGUCUUUCAACAAUUUUUAAAGAUGAUGAAAGAUGUGUUGAAGCUGCUUCAAGUCAUUUGCACAGUGAAUGUUCUGUACAGGACUCUAAAAAACUUGGCAUAUGUAAAGAGGAAUUGUUCAAUUUACUGGUGCUGGAUAAACAUGAAAACAGAGUUUUGUUUUGUGAUUUGGCUGUUUACACUAAGAACAGGAACUUCAGGCUGUAUCUUUCCAGUAAAUAUAUGAAGAACAACCCUCUGAAGAUUUCUAAAAGAAAUCAGUACAAGCCUCAUCUUGCAAACAGUGAUGUGCCAUCAUAUGAAUUGUUCUUUGAUUCACUGAUAAACAAUAUUGGGUUUUCCAACCAGGUAAAAAUCCUCAACUGUGAGGAUACUGCUUGCCCAGUAUCACGAUCCAGGCAAAGAGAGCCAAGUGCAGAUUACAAAGGUCUGGAAUCUGUGGAAGGUUACAGUCAUUCACCUUAUCCAGAAGUUGAUAAUUUCAUAAGCAAUAAUGUGAUAAAGAGAGAUGGGCUGCAAGGCUACAUCAGGCGCUGGGCCUACUUCUCUCAAGGAGAAACAUUGACUUAUGAUAUAGGGAAGUAUAGAUGGUGUGAUAAUGUACAGAGACAACAUAGGAGCAAUAACAUCAUGAUCAUUGCUGAUCUUAAAAAGGGAGUUUAUUAUCAGAAAUGUCAUGAUCCAGAGUGCAGGGCACUAAACUAUAGAUCUCAAAAUUUUUCCUUACCACAUGAGGUCCUCCCAGCAGCACUUUUUCAAGACACACUAGAUGGGGAUGAGGUUGAUGACAUAGAACUUUUUAAAGCUGGAAUUGAGGCAGAGGAGUCAUAUUAUGCAAAUCCAAAUGCAUGUGAUGUGGUGGCUAAGCAAAAGAAAAAUGAACUGGCACCUUAUUUUGAAAAUAUACAUUUUGGUAAUACCCUUGCAAAUUCAUUUGAUCCUCAGUGUUAUGAGUUAUCAGAUGCUGAACUUAUGCUGGCAGAAAUGUCUCAUUCAAGGCUGAAUAAAGAAAAUACUGGUAGUAUAAACACACUUACAGAUAAUAGGCAAUUACUAGAUUUUGGUGAGGAAGUUAGUGAUUCUGAUAUGUUGAGUGCUCUUGACUCUUAAUGAUCAUAAAUCACUCAAAUGCUAUUUAAUUUUUUACUGGUAAAUAUAGCAGAGUAAUUACGAAAUUAUUACAAUAAACUUUAUAUUUAUACAUUUUUUUAUGAAAAAGUUCUUGAAAUUUUAUCAGGAAAUUUUAUCAUACCCUGUAAAUUAGUAUUAUCAGUGGGGCGGGGUACUUACAAAAGAAAAGAACUGGAGGUUCAAGUACCUGUCUAGUGUACAAAGGAUAAAGAAAUAAUUAGAUUCCACAUGCAAGAUAUUCGGAAAACGGUGAACUCGGAACAUACCUACUAGUAGGAAGAUGUCAAAUACCAAGUGAUCAACAAAGUGCUAGUGGUAUCAUUAACUUUAAGGACUGAUGUGUGUGGGCUCAAUGUUAACCAAAGGGUAUAAAAGGCAACAUGGGACUUUUUCUGGAAACUGGCUUGGUGAAACAGAAAGAGGUUAAGUAAAUGUGUUGAUUUUUUUUCACUUUGAUAGUUUAUUUUUGAAAUUGUUUUUAGCCCGGCUCAAUAGCCUUACCCCAUUUAUUUAAUAAAUCUAGCAAUUUUUUCUUCUUUCGGAUGUAGUAUAAGCAAGGUGUGAUACGUAAAGGAUCUUAUCACCUGCAUUCUUUGUUAAUUAACUGCCCUUACAUGUCUGAAAUAAUCUCUUGAUGGGAGGAAUUAUCACCUAUCAAAUAUUCAUUUUUUUUGUCAUAAUUGUUAUUAUUAUUUAUUUAUUUUGUCAGAAAUAUUAAAUGGUUUGAACCCUAUUCCAAAGCUAUCAAUCUAUUCAACUGAAAAUGAAUUAUAAGCUUCAGGAGACUGGUCCAGUUGUGUCAGUGUUUACCUAAGAGUAAUUGACAGGAAAUGGCCAAGGUAGGAAGUUGCAGUAAAUUGUAAUACCACACUGGGGUUACAGUUUAAUCACCUUUUGCAGAGGAGAGCCUAUUGUUUGCCUUAGGUCUGCUUAAAUUUACUUGAUGUUAUAAGAUCUGGCAGCAACAAUAAGAGUUAUAUGCAGUUUGUUGUCGGAAGAUUAUACUUUUUUGCAUCAGCGUAUCUUGACGGCAUGUUUAAUCUGAAAUAAAAACUGUACUCGAAUAACAAGUCUUGUGUGUCUGGCGUCAUAAUACAAUAUCUUGACUUUUGUUGUUAUUAAAUGUACCUUGAAACAACAUUGAACUUAUUUACUGAUUUUGGGGAAAAAAUCCAAUAGUGAUCUCAUCAGGUCACUUUUUCAACAUAAAAAAACAUUACACAAUAGCAGAACAGGGAAUUAUAUCGGAUAUAUAUAUAUCCGAUAUAAUUUCCUGAGCAGAACAAGACUGAUCUUUAAUAACAUUUUCACAAUUACAGCAUACUUAAAAUACACCGAAAAGUUGCUGGCCUUACUUUAAAAAAGUUCUAAAAAAUGAGCGGUGAUUGUGGGUGGGGUCUUGUUGUUUUCGUUUGUGCUUUUGCACUUUUUUUAAUGGACAACAGUCUACAUUUUGAGAUCAUCGCAUAAGUGGUCAAGAUCUCGUGUUUCAAGUUGAACACGAUAUCACAGUUCGUGUUCCCUGUCCGCUAUCCAAUGUCAAUAAUGAAAAGGAAACGGAGGAUCGCGUGUAAUAUUUACCAGCGCUGGCCGUCAUCGCACUCUGGUCACCGAGUUGCGGUUUCGCAGACCACUUGCAGCAGUUUAGCACAUCAAGGAGUGGACACAGAAGUAAGAGCAAUACAAUAGAAAUCGCAUGUCGAGGAGCUACCAUUAUGUGCUGCAAUUUCACCUCUCGAGCUACCGCUCUCUUUGUACGUCUUGCUGGGGUCAGAAUUGUCGUGA